GGGAGUUUCGCGACUUUCAUCUCAAAGGCCAAACGGAUGGCUUGGCGUUGUUUUUCUUUGUUGUUUAAUUCAGUUUAGAUGUGGAUCACCUUUUGCACCUUUUCGGAUUAUUAUUUGUGAUUAUCUUCGAUAAAAAACGAUGGAUUCGGUAGAUGAGGAUAUAUCAGCUCGGGUUUUGUUGAGGAGAGUCCUGCACACCGAGUUACCCAGAUCUCCAGUAACCAGAAGUGUGACCCAUCUACGCCGCAGUAUGAGGUCAAAAAACACCCCUGGACUGGAGAGCCCUGGAGUCGCCCUGCGCCACAGACUCAAGAAAAAACUUCAUGAGAGUGCCUCUCACUCCCCCGUCCUUCCCCCUAAACGGCAGAAGUCACUGGGAGGAAAGACAAAUCCUCCAGCCACGUCCGCAUCCCCACUGUAUGAUGAGGACAUCACGACUCGUGGCCUGCUCAAGGGAAUCAUACAGACAGAGACUGAAACAUCACUACUGAUGUCGGGUCAGCCUUUACUGCAAAAUUCAGAACCAAACGCAGCAGAUUCUACCGCCUCCAGCACUGGAGAGAGAACUGAAGGUCUGUCUGGAAUGGAGUUGUCUGAUCUGACUCUACAUACUGAACCCCUGACACAUGUGGUGAGGGGAUUGAGCCGCAGGAAACCACAGCGUGCCCUCAGUGUAUCAUGGUUUGAGAAACAGCUGGAGCAACUGCCAGACAAAUCAGAAGUGGCGGCUGAUGUCUCUCAGGAGAAACAAGAUGUAUCUCAGGAUUUGGAUUUCUCUGCUGGAUCAAAGAGUGGCCUGAAUUUGACCUUAAAGACCCCAUUUGUGGAAAAGCGAACAGAGAGGGCAGGGCUUCAGAGGAAGGUGUCCAAUCGGAGGCUGCCAUCUGUGGAUGCAUUCGACGAGGCUGUGCAGAGAUGUCUUGAGCAGGGCUAUAACCAAGGUAACUCUGUAUUUCAAGAUGGAAAAUCUCUAGAAGAUUCUUCAUGGCAGAAGUUCACUCUCGGUCUCAAUGAUGUUACUGAGCUUUACGUGCAGCCUGCAGGCUCGACUGCUCAGCUGAAGAGACACGACACCUUGGUACCAUCUGCAGAGCUCGAGAGAGAACAUGAUCUCGAGAGAAAUGGAGAAGAAAAUCUAGAAACUCAGGAUGGUGAUAUUCCUGAAGUCCCUGAGCUUUUAAACAAAGAAGACAAAGAGCAUGACAUGGAGUCUGCAUCACAGGAUGUGGAACAGGAGGAGAUGGUACCUUCAUCCCAAGAGGCAGGAGACGGCAUGUCUUUGAGUUCUGUAAAUGAGAUCGUACUUGCUCCCACGCAGGCGAUGACGGAGUCACUUCCUGAAUCACAGGAUGUGGAGAUACCAGAGACCCAAACAGAGGAGGAUGUUGAGGAGGAGAAUGUUCCAGGGGACAUAGAUGCAUCAACAAAUCAAGAGCGAAUAACUCGCAGAGCGCACCGCUCAGAAGGUGGAGGUGUUGUUUUAGGAGUUCCACCAGGUUCAAGAGUCACAAAGAGCCUUGGCACUGGAUUGAACCCCAGAGAAAAAGAUCUUCUGGAUUUUGUUAACGGGAGUAGAGAGAGUUUACAGAACAUUCCUGAUGAAGAAAUCAAACCACAAGAUGGCCCUGUGUCCCCUCUUUACCCUGCGGCAGAGGUCAACACACCUGAGCGAAGGUCGCAGAAACAUGUGUCAAGUCUGGCUGAGGAAGAUUUGCCACAAUAUGCAGGUGAUGAUGCCCCAGAGGAGGUGAACCAGUCAGAGGAAGAGGAUAUGAUAGAGCCUGAGGAAGUCUAUCAGAGCACUGAACAUCAUUCACCAGCUGAAGAGGAAGAGGACUUGAUUGACUCUGAGCCAGACAAUCAGAGCGCUGAACCUCAAUCACCUGAUCUAGAUGAACAGGAAGACAACAUAAUAGAGCCUGAGGCAGCCAAUCAGAGCGCUGAACCUCACUCACCUGAUCUAGAUGAACAGGAAGACAUCAUGAUAGAGCCUGAGGCAGCCAAUCAGAGCGCUGAACUUCACUCACCUGCUCCAGAUGAACAGGAAGACAUCAUGAUAGAGCCUGAGGCAGCCAAUCAGAGCGCUGAACCUCACUCACCUGCUCCAGAUGAACAGGAAGAGGAAGAAGAUGAUGAUGAUGAUGAUGCUCGUAGUGCAGAGCUGUCCAUGAAAACGCCUGCUUUUGUACGACAGAAGAGAGUGAUCGCAAGUCCUUGUGCUCGGGAUACUCCCACAGUCCUUAAGCAAUUGAAUGCUGGUCCUGCCUCUCAGGUUGCCAAACGAGCCCGCAGACAGAAGCGUCAGACAGGCAGCAAUGUUCUUCCCAAGAGUUACAUCAUGAGUGUGUUCAAACACUUCGCAAAGACAAAAGUGGCCAGUGAUGUCUUCCCUGCCAUAAAUGAAAUUCUUAAGAAAUACUUCGAUCGUCUAGCAGAUGAUCUGGAAGCAUACGCUGCACAUGCCAAACGUAAAACUAUUGAAGUUGAAGAUUUUGAGUUGCUCAUGAGAAGGCAAGGGUUUGUGACAGACAACACACCUGUGAACAUACUGAUAGAGAAAUAUCUUCCACUGGAGUAUCGCAAACUCCUCAUUCCCGUUGCAACCAGUGGAAACAAAGUCAUUCCGAAUCAAAGGAGGUGAAUGAUGGACGGGACAACUUUGCUUAUCAGAAUAUCUUCUUGUAAAUAUGUUCUUACUAUCUUGUUUGGUAGAUAAGGAUGAUUUGUGCAAUAUAUAAAUGCUAUUUGUUUUAUGCAGCACUGUUAAGAAAAGUAAUAAAUUCUUUGUUCUUUGUAUUUUGGCCAUCUAUGUAUGUUUUCUUAAAUGCAAAAAGUUUUUCCCAGCAGACAUUAAAGACUUGAUGAAAUUAACUUUUUUUUUUUUUUACUUCAAAUAUGUCCCUGAUCUUACUGUGCAUAACAGUAGAAGAAAAAUAAAAGCUUGC